CUUUCUUCUUCCCAGGUGAAAUACAAGAAUUGAUUCUGAUCGGCUUUCUAUCUCGUCACAACAUUUUACAUUUGCAAGGCAUCAAAUCUCAAAAGCACCUCACGAUGGCUGCCUCAUCCGUUUCCUCCGCUGUCAACUUCACCCUUCCUUCCUCCAGUUCUGGCUCUUCCAUUAAGCGACCUAUCAAGACAGUCUCUAAGCCUUGUUUUGGCUGCGACUGCGGAGAUGAAGAAUGCGAUUGUUGCGUUUGCACUGUGAUGUGAACCAACGCUCGCUAUUUUUCUGGCCAUGUCUAUAGCGUCCAAAUGGCCUGUGGGCUAUUUGCCCAAUAUGAUGAUACAUACGACUUUCAAUGGGCGCAUUUAGGAGUUUGUCAUGGGCUGUCGGAGGCAGUGGGUACAUCCAUCACUGAUGCAACCCCUUGCCAUCCACGUUGAUACAUUUUGAUUUGGCUAUAGCAAAAGUUUUAGCACAGAUUAAUUGAUCUGCUUUGAAAUUCCAGCUUCUAAGCCGUGCUAUUCAGAGUUUGCUCUCAAUUCCC